UUGUUUGAAAUCUCUAAAACAGUCGUCAUUGCAGCAUCAAAAAAUGAUACAUCCACGCUGAGGAUUUGUGAUUGGAUCGACGAGUUUUAUACAUUAUUAUUGGCCAAGUUCACUUUCUACUUUCACGAUGUCCUGAAGCCGCGAUGUUUGGCUGAUUUCGAUCACACUAUUGUGGCUAUGAAAUCACCAAACUUUGUCCAGCUUUUUGGCUCUUUUCAGCGCAAAACCGAGCCACUGGCUAUUUUGAUUAUUGCAAAUCGCUGCGAUGCUUCCGAUAUUUCUCCAAUAAUUGGCUACAGCUCUCGGAGCGAAUUCAGUGAAGAAAGUGAAUUACGAAAAAACUUCGUGGUCCUACUUAGAAUGGGUAUCGAAAUGCACGAUCUGCAACCGUUGCUUCCGUCCAUAUCCGCUCUUAUCCAAGAAUCAGCUGCAAGAGCGAAUUCUGCACCGGAGCGUAUCACGUACUGCUACGACCAAAUGAUAUUCCGAAGUUUCUUCGUUCUACCGGUGGAAUACAAUUUCUAUGUGGCGAUUGUUUUUGCCCGUAAAGUUGGCGAACGCGAUAGCGCUGUGGUCAACUUUCUGCUUAGUAACUGUAGCCAGCUACGAGGCAGUAAAGUUUUCCAAAGCCUACGAAAAUGCUCAAAUUGA